UAGAGGGCGUUACUUGUUGUUUUCUCCAUAAUGUACGAAGCGUAACUCAAGCCUAAUGACUACGAUAAGACGAUAAUGUACGAAAGUCGACGACGCGAUUUAGAAGGAAAUAAUACGUGGACGUUUUCAGAUGAUUUUAUUAACAGAAGACGACGGGAAAGAGAAAAGAUAGGAACAACAGGAGCUAAAGAGGUAUGGAACCGUUCCCCAGAUCGUCAAAGUGAUUCUGACGAGAAUGAGUUAGAUGAAAGAAAUGACGGUCGGAGAUUCUUUAACCGAAAUCACAAUAAAGAAAUACGAAAAUCUAAAAAGAAAAGAUCUAAACAUAAGAAGGAGCAUGCUAAAUCUAAGCAUAAGAAGCAAAGUAAGAAGAAAUCGAAGAUUAAAAAGGCCAAGAAGAAGAAGGUUACAUCGAGUAGCGAAAGCAGUACCAAUAGUGAGGUCGAAGAGAAGGAAUACGAACUGACAUUAAAUCAGAAAACUAGAGAAUCCUCUGAUUCGGAUUCGGACGAUUCUUAUGUUGGACCGGUUCCCAAGACUCACGUUCACCUCUCUGCAAAGGAUUACGGUAAAGCCUUACUUCCUGGAGAAGGUGCAGCCAUGGCAGCCUAUGUUGCAGAAGGAAAAAGAAUUCCUAGACGAGGAGAAAUUGGGCUAACGAGUGAACAGAUAGAAGCGUUUGAAGCCGUGGGGUAUGUUAUGAGUGGUAGCCGUCAUCGUCGUAUGGAAGCCGUUCGACUGAGAAAGGAGAAUCAGAUAUAUAGUGCUGAUGAAAAGAGAGCUUUGGCUAUGUUCAAUAAGGAAGAAAGACAGAAACGAGAAAAUAAAAUACUCUCUCAAUUCAGAGAGAUGAUUAAUGCCAAGCUUCAUGAUAAAUGAACAUUUUUAAUUAAGUUCAAUGUAAAUACUAAGAAAAAAAAUUGUACAAACUUUUGUAAUCUCAAGUAUGAAUAAUAAAGUGUGGAAACAUAAAUGUUUAA